GAGGACGCUGACGGGCGUCGCCAACAGGGGGCGGUAUAGGGCCGGCUGAGCAGACAAGAAGAAGACACGUCCCGCACAACGUGUAGCAGCAGUGAAACAACAUGGCUUUGAAUGGAGAUGAGGAAGACUUCGAGUGGGAGCCUCCAACAGAGGCAGAGAUGAAGGUGAUCCAGGCUCGCAGAGAGCGGCAGGACAAGAUCAGUAAGCUGAUGGGAGAUUACCUCCUGAAGGGGUACAGGAUGCUGGGGGACAGCUGCGAGGUGUGCGGGACUGUUCUUCUUCAGGACAGACAGCAGAAAAACUACUGCGUCUCAUGUCAGGAGCUGGACUCUGAUAUCGACAAGGAUAACCCUGCUUUAAACCCACAAGCGGCGCUGUCCCAGGUCAGAGAGUGGCAGCUGGCAGCCCAGUCCCCUGCAGCGACCCGUGUCCCCGAGCUCAACGGAGGCCAGAGCAGCAGCAGCGCCAGCAGUCAGGCGGGCGUGACGGUUCCUCAGCCCAGGCCGGAGCACUGCGAAGGAGCCGCCGCUGGAGGGAGGGCCGCUUUGCCUCCGCCCGCCGUGGCGUCUCCCCCGCCUCCUGCCUCCGCCGCCGCUGCCGCCGUGGCGCCCAUUCGUCCCCCGGUGUGUCCGCAGGCCUCCACCCGCCUACCUGUUUUGGAAGAAGCCGAAGAAGCGGUCCUGACUAAACUUCGCUGGGCCACCGCCCAGUUAGAGAGCUCGGCCUCGCUGGAGGCCAGCAUCCAGCUGUGCAGCCUGAUCAGCAGCUGCGCCAACUCGCUGCGAAGCCUCAGGGAACUCAGCCAGUAAACACAGUGGAGUGCUUGAACAGCAUGGAGCGAUGGGACCGCUGUUCCUAUUCUGCUUCAGAGUACUGACUGAUGCCUUGCUUCUCUCUCUCUCUCUCUCGCAUUCUGAAUACCUGCUUACGGCAGAAUCCCAGUUUGUUUCUAAAUGCGCCUGAAUUAGGAUCAAAAGGUUUUAGAGUGCGCCACUUCCUCUUGAGAAUAUGCGGACAAGUAGCUGGCAGAAAAACGGCACACUGAGGUAAUGGCUUUAGUCAAAUUGUAACUUAAAAUUAUAAACGCGUAACAUUUUCAGGUCAUUCGAUUUAAAACAUAGAAAAGGAAAUCCUAUGUGAAUCUCUGUAUAUAACCUAGUCGCCUCUGGGCUAACCACAAUCCUCUGCGAAAUGUUAUGCUGCAAGCCCCCAUAUCUGUUUUGUUGCGCACAGAUUGAAGCUGCCGGCACACACCUGGCUGCGGGGUUCAGACAGCAACGUUCAUCUAAACUUCGGGACAUCCGUUGUAGUUCAGAUGUUGUUUGGUCUGACCCUUAAAAAUUCUCUUCUUGACCGUCCUGAGAGGCAAAGAUGGUUAAUGUGAGGCUUUGAGAAAAAAAGAUUGUGCUGCAUGGAUGCUUGUAUGAGAUGUAUCCUUUUUUUUUUUUCCAGUUCAUUAAAGCAAGUAGAAUAAAUAAGUAUUUGCAUUGUACAUCAUACGGUGGCACCUCGUAUUAUAGAACCCAUCCUUAACGAUGUGUCCAAAAGUAGUUAGUUUUCUAAGAAUGGACCAGAAUAAAUCCGCUUCUGAAGUUGCA